GUACAUACAACAGAUUUUCUGUGCGACCUACUUUCUCGCGUCGAUCGUCUUGUCGCCUCGUGUGGUAACUGUAAACACGAAUGUUCCAGCUCUGCGAGACGGCUACUAGCAAGAUGGUAUUUACGCGUGUUCCGACAUCGACCACGACCCAGGAACGGCCAGAAGAGGAGAAAUUCCCACAGUCGCAUACCUGUGCGAUAGACAGCGGAACAAUAGCGCAGCACCAUUCACAGUCAAUCUACCCCAGUGGAAACGGGAAAACGAGGAAGGACAACGGUGUAUGCCUAAAAUGGCUCGUCAUCCGACAGUUUGUGUUCCUAGUGGCUACCGCUUUCGUUCUCGGGACGAUGUUGUUGGCCCACCGGCAAGUCACGAAACUAAGGGACUACAAUUUGGAAAAUAUGGUUACGAUGGGUUCAAUUGUGCCAGAAAACUCAACUGGUUCCGCAGGUUGCUCGCUUUCCGCCGAUCGUGACAGCAAACGGCAAAAGAAGGGCCUCAAACUCGCGUGGUUGAUGAGUUUUCCAAAUUCCGGGACUUCCUACACACUGACUCUUGUGCAGCAACUUUCCCUUUCGUUCACUGCCGGGAACUACGCAAAUGAGCCCAUGGCAACAACAAAACCUGUCCUUUCGCAUCAUAACCUGGACGGACCAAUUUGGUUCAAUCCCGACACGAACGUUAGUCAAAAUUUGACGUUCACGUAUCCGAAGCACUACGCUCUCACAAAAACCCAUUGCGGUGGUCGCUGUGCAACCUGCUAUCCCAGCUUGUACCUUGAAACCAUGCACAGCUUUCGGGAAAAGUGCUUUCAAACAAGUCGUUUAGGACCGAACAAUGCCACGGGUGAGGCCUUACUCUACGGAUCAUACCCGCUUUCUGACGUUGCGAAAGCGGUUCAUCUGAUCCGCAACCCUGUGGACAAUAUAGUCAGUCGUUUCCACCAUGAGCGUCUCAGUAAUACCUCCCUGUCUGGACCGGGAACACGCAAGGAUUUUCGAGAAUUUUGUUCUCUCGUGAAUAAGAAAACAAUCAGCACAGAGCGACCUUUAAGAGUAUGGACCGAGUCGAUCAUGAGUUUGCUCGAACACGUUCCCUGUCGAUCCGACUUUUUUCGAUACAUCCAUUGGCAUAACUUGGCUUUCUUUACUACAGACGAUUUGGAGCUUGACACAAUUGUCUUCUACUACGAAGACUACGGCAAUGACUUCAAUCGCACUGUAAACCGCGUGCUCGAAUUUCUCGCUUUACCACAAAUUGGCAGCGCCGCCCCUUUCACCACGGGAAAAAAUUACUCAGACUUUUACACCAGCGACGAGCUUCUGCGUAUCCGUCAAGCUUGUGAGCUUAUGGCCACACGCCAAACUUGGAAGCACAUUCGGCGAUACUUUGUCUAAUAGAAGCGCCAUGUUGAAGAAACUCCCAGUUCUUCAGUGUACCAAGUGUUGGUGCUCGGCCGGGAGAGGUGGCCGCAUUGCGGAGCCGGAGCGUACAAAGACGUAUCAACCCCGAGCCUGGUCCAUUUGCAGCAGCGUCAAGUUGGGUCGCCCUCAGCUACGAAGAAAACACCUAGCCUGGUUUAUAUAUAAAAACGUAUAACAAGGAGUAACGUUGC